GCUUCUUUCACACCAUACGUUGUGGAUAGAAGGAUCGUAGUGUUCAAGAAAUAUUAGUCCUCGUCUGAAUUUAAAAAAUCUAACAGCUGAGUAAAAGGAGUUUAAAAUUAUCUAUUAGUAAAACGUAACACACUGAUUAAAUAGUACAGUUUCUAAAAUGUAUUGUGUACGGUCCAUUCAACUUUUUCAAUCACUAUUUGGCUUAAGAACAGUGAUAACAGCACAAAAAAAAAGAGUCCUUAACAGUUUUUGGAUGUCUAAAUAUGCCAGGAUGUGCAGCAGUUGGCUGCAACAAUCGUAGUGAAAAGGGUUAUCUUAUGAAAUGCUUUCCACGUGAUCCAAAAUUAAGACAAAUUUGGCAAGAACGUGUUGCUAGAGCUGAUUGGGAACCAUCAAAUAACUCUUUUCUUUGUCACGUACAUUUUGAACCACAAGAAUGGUCCAUAACACAAAGUGGAAGAAUUAGAUUGAGAAAAGAUGCAGUUCCAUCUAUAUUCACUGUAACAUCCACUAGAAAGUCACCCAAGAAGAGAACAAAGAUAUUUGAUAAUAAAGUGGUAAACAUAUUGCAAGAUAAACAUAAUAUAGAGUAUAUGGAAAAUGAUACUGAGCAUUCGUCUAUAGAAUAUUUAGAAGACCAAGACUUAGAUGUUCAAGAAAUUGAAGAGCCACCUGCUCGAUAUAUUAAAGGAAACUUAAAAGAUACUCAUAAAUCUAUGGAGAAAGCAGAAAGAAGAAAUAUUAAGAUUGAUCGUCAAGGAGAAAGUAUUGAGAUGAUGGCUGAGGAUAAUCUUGCUGAUAUUAGUAGUCUAGUGAAGCAAUGUAAUUUUGAAGUUGAAUCAAAUGAUAACAAAAAUGAAGUUAGUUUAUCCUUAAUGAUUAAUAAUUCAGAAGUCACUCAAGUGCCAAGUACAAUUGUGAAAGAAGAAAUCAAGUUGGAAGUUAUGGAUCACAAUACAUUUGAGGAUAGUUAUGAUGAAAUUGAAGAAAAGUUGAAACAGAUUUGUGAUGGUGGAUCCACUGAAGAUGAGAACUAUAAAAAAGAGGGGAAAGAGAAGUUGAUUAUUAAAAAUCAAAAAGUAGAUGAAGAAGAAGAAAAAAUGGAUACAAAUUCUGAAUUUAUUAAUGAUGCAAAUAAAGUUACGUUGUCUACUAAUACAAGUCUUGAGUUUUCAACAAAAAGUGAAAUUGGACAUGUUCUUACAGACAAACAAGAAAAUGUUGAGAUUAUUUUUGGCACUGAAAGUGGAGAUGAAAAGACAUCUGUACCACACGUUACAUCAAAGGUGAAUAAAACAGAUAACAAUGCUUUGGUGUAUGAUGAAAUAAUGUGUAUUAAAGAUGAAAAGAAAGUUUUCAAUGAAGAUAUAGAAGAAAAUUUUACUAAGGAUGAAGUGCAUGUUAUACCAAAUAUAAGAGCAGCUAUGAAACGUAAAAGAAGGACAAGGGAAGAAAUAAUGAAAUCGAUAAAAAAAUCAAUUAAAAGCACUUCUGAUCAAGACAUUAAUUCUUCAAGUAACAGUGACUUGUCUGAACAAGAAACAGAAAUUAGAAAGGGAUUAUCUUUAUUUUCUCACGAAACUAAUGAUAAGAAAAAUGACAUAGAAAUGGAAACAGCCAAAUUUGUCAUCAAAGUAACUGGUGACCCUGAUGAUGUUACUGAAAUUAUCGAAGAAUUAUCAUCUAAUACAAUAGGAACACAAGAACCUAAUAAAUGUAAUACUCUUUCCAAAAAUGAAGAGAGUGGUACAUUUGUUACAUCCAUUAUAACAGUACUGUCACCCAAAAAUCCUAAAGAAAUUGUUUACAGGGAUAUUAAUAGUCCAUUAUUAAAAGAUGAUUAUAUAAUUUCAAGUAAAAAAGUACCACUAGUAAAUCAUUCUUCUUGUGAAGAAAGAGAGUUUACAAGUUUAAACUUGAUAAAUAGUUCUAAAAUAUGUCAUUCUACCUGUUUCAAACAUACUUGUUCUGAUGAAGAAAAACAUCAAGUAAGGAUUAAUUCACCAUUAGAAAAUUGUGCACAUGGUGUUCAAACCUCCUUGGAAAAUAAUACUAAAUUUAUUCCUUCCGAUUAUGAAGAUCUGUUGGAAAGAAUACAGAUUCAAGAGGAUGUUAUUGCAAAGUUAACUGAUCAGUUAAUUACUUACAAGGAACUGGAAAAUAGUAAGAAAAACAAAACAACUGAACAUGAAAUACGAACCAGAGAAAUGGAAACACCUAGAAUGAAUACAAGAUCAAGUAGUAUGCAACCUUCCAUUCUUAGGAGGAAAAAUUUAGACUGUAAACAACGAUUAAUAGAAGAUUUAACAGACAGAGUGAACUAUUUUGAAGAAAUGAACAAAAAGUUAAUGAAGACAGUAACACUGGAAUCUCAGCAGAAAAGAAAGCUUGAAGGUCAAAUUAAACAAAAGGAUAAUCGAAUAAAAGAGCUCAAUUGGAAGUUAGAAAAAGCUUCUAAAUAUCUUGAAAGGGCAGAAAAAAACACAAACACUUAUAGAAGGAAAAUGAUAAAUAUGCAGACUGUUAUGAGAAGAAGAAAGCUUCUAGAUGAAAAGAUGAGCAAGUUUAAUGAAAUGUUAAUAGAUAGUUCUAAACAAGAAUUUUCAGAAAAAGUUUUAGUUAUGGCAGCAAAUAUCAGGAAAAUUUGUGGAAGAAAUGGAUAUGAUAAAUUACUUUCUUAUGGUUUUCCAUUACCACCAUUACCAGCUUUAAGGAAAGGAAUUCUCAAUGAAGAUAUAGAUCAUAAAAGUGAUGCAGAUGAAUUACAAAAUUCUACAAAGAUAAGUGUUAAAGCAGAAAAAGCACAUGAUACAAAUAACGAAUUUGAAAUAGAUGAAAAGGACACAGAACUUCCAGACUCAGUUGGUAAAGCAACUGAAUAUGAAGGUGCAGAAACUGUGACAGGAACUGUGCAAGACAUUUUUGAUGAAAAUAAUGAUGGUGAUGAUUUUAGUACAAAUGAACUAAGAGAACAUUUCAUUCUGCAAUUAAAUGCAGUUAUGUAGCCAUAAUUUUGUACUUUAAGGACAUCCUUUUUUUUUACCACUCAGAGACUGUAAUAUUAAAGUCAUAAAUACUUAGAUAAGAUUUCUUCCAUCAUUGUACAAUA